AUGCUUCCACUACUGCACACCCUUUGCCUGGCUGCACCCGCCGCCGCCAGCUACGCCUUCUACGUCGGCAAGGACCUCACUGCCGACAAUGCCGUCCUCGUCGGCGGCACUGGCGAGGAGGUCUCGUCACACUGGCUGCAGCUCUUCCCGGCCCGCGACCAUCCACCCAACGCCACCGUCACCGUGGGCGUCACCGCGGCCGCCGUCAUCCCCGGCGAGCUCAUCACCAUCCCCCAGGUCCGCCACACCUACCGGUACAUGAGCAUGGAGUACUCCGACUACGAGGGCUUCCCCGCGCCUCUGACCAACGGCGGGCUGAAUGAAAAGGGCGUCGCGGUGCGCGACGUCUGGGCCAGCAACAGAGACGAGCUGGUGGACAUGACGCCGACGCCGCAGAGGGGUGUCCAGUAUGCGGACCUGGCGCGACUGGUCAUGGAGAGGGCGGACACGGCGAGGCACGGAGUGCAGAUUAUUGGUGAUUUGAUCAAGAAACACGGGUACGCGACGUAUGGAGGCAACACGCAUCUAAUUGCGGACAAGGGCGAGGGAUGGGUGGUAUGGGAGUUUGCGGGAGGCAAGGGGCUGUGGGCGGCAGAACGCCUAAAGACGGAUGAAGUGCGUGUGCUGUAUCCGGGAUAUAUUGAAAACUUCCCAACCAAUUAUACAAGCAGCAGCGACUACAUGGGUUCGGACAAUCUGGUGUCCUUUGCUGUAGAGCAGGGCUGGUGGAACGCAUCCUCUGGUCAGCCAUUCAACAUCUUCAACGUCUACGGCAUGCAGGGCAACGUCACCGCCCGCAACGGCGGCUUCAAGUACAUGUCGCAAGCCAACCUCGAAGAGGCCACCCUCGCCAUGGUGCCCCUCACAGAGACCAAGCUCAUGGAGCGGGUGCGCGACCACCGAAUCUCCGACGACGAGGCGGGCUACGGGCAGGUCGUGCGUCUGCACGUCGACAUCGAACCCAAUCUGCUCCGGAUCUGGAAUGCGCCUACCGGCUCCGUCGCUGCGCCAUUCAUCCCUUGGUGGCUGGGCGUCGACUCCAUCCCUCCCGAGUACAGCGAGCACAGGUAUCUGACCACCGGCGCGUCGAGCAGCUUCCUCCACCCCGACUUCCAGCUCCAGGAGGCGUCUGGCUUCGCGGGACGCAUGUUCAAGCGCGUGCUGUACUACAUGUGCUCCGCGCCAGACACGUUCCUGCCGCUCGUCACCGAGAUGCUGACGGCCUUUGAGGCGCAGUCGAUGCAGGACGUGUCGUGGGUGGAAAAGGCGGCCCAGGCGUUGCUUGACGGUGGCGACGGGCCGGCGGCGACGAGGCUGUUGACGCAUUACGCGCACACGAGGGCGGACAAGGCGAUGCAGCUGGGCAGGACCAUGACGGAUGCGCUGGAUGGCUGGGUCAAACUAUCGGGGGGUUGGAAGGGGCCGACGGGGAGCGAGAUUAAUGAUGCGGGAGAAGGGGCGGAGACGGUCAACUGUCUCGUGGGCUUUGACCCGGAUCAGCCGCGGCCGAAGCAGACGAGGCAUAGGCUGCGAAAGCAGGUGCGUUUUUAG